AUGGAAAACCUCAGUCUCAAUGAUCCUCCUCCACAGUCUGCCUCGCCACAACGGCCAUCACAUCCACCGCAGCAGCACCCACACCAACAGAGUGCGGCGGUGUUCCCGGGCCCGCCUCCCCCUCAAGGUGCUCCUCAACUACCGCCGCAAAUGUUCACCACCGCGGCGCAGCUGUUGGACUUGACGGAUAAGAAACUCCUCCUCGUCCUUCGUGACGGACGCAAGAUCUUCGGCGUGCUCCGGUCCUGGGAUCAAUUCGCGAACCUCGUGCUCACGGAGACGAAAGAACGCUAUUUCGUCUCCGUACCCUCGACGAGCCCCGCAGAACCACAGCAGACACAACCCGCUGCUCGCAACCUGUACUGCGACAUCCCCCGCGGCACCUUUCUCGUGAGGGGUGAAAACGUCCUCCUUCUCGGUGAGGUGGAUCUCGACAAGGACGACGAUCCUCCUCCCGGAUACGAAGAAGGGGACGCUGAAGAGGUGUUCCGGAUCCAGAAGGAGGCGGAGACAGAAAGGAAGAAAAGGGAUCGACUGAAACACAAGAAGACGGCGUGGAGGGACCCAGAGGGAAGUGGCGAGGUUCUGUUUUGA